UUCCUCUUUACGCCACAUCUUGGAUUCUCGUGGAUCCUUCCGCUGCUUGUGUCAUUCCCCACCACGAUCCCUUCGGCCCUCCGCUCGCCUUUCUCUCGUCAUCGUGUCGCCCGUCGCUCCACGCACUCGCGCCUCCCCACCCUCCUCGCCUCUCCGUCGAUAGGGGUGCUGUGAGGGGCGUUAUGCUGUCCUGCGGUCUGAGGUGCAUAGAGCUCCCCAUGGCAAUGGGACUGUAGCCGACCACGCACUUGAGCCUGAGUGUCUAGUUUCGGCAUGGCCGAGCCUGUGACGGUGGGUCGGUUCUUUGGCGCGCUGGGCAAGACAUGGGCGCUCAUAGGCGCGCUGUACCUGUUUGACAAGUACUCGCCUCUGGGCUGGUGGACGUUCAAGCCUCGCCCCAAGGAAGAGAAGGCCAUGGCUCACUUAUAUGAGAGAGGCCCCACGCCCUUCCCAGGGGACAGGGCAGUAGGCGACCCACACGCAGUGGACCGGUACUUUGAGCGCGGCGGCGUGGCGACCACGGUGGUGCCAGCGCGCUUCCGCCAGUCGUCGUCUGCAGGCAGCACUGGGCCGGACCUGGAGGGGCGGAGGGCCGUGGAAGUGCAGAGGGUGAAGCGCGAGGCGCUGCGGCUGUGGCUGCGCAUGAGGAGAGAGGCCGAGAGGGAGCUCAAGAAACAGGGGUAUGACCCGAUGCAGUGAGAGAGAGAGGGGGUGGGGUGGGGGGUGGGGGUUUGUGUGAUGGUAGGGGGGGAAGAUUUUGUGUGGGUGGCAGUGGUGAUCGCUGAUUGCAGGGAAAGAGAGGUUUGAAAGUGAGGUUCCUGAUUUUUUUUAUUUUUUUUUUUAAGUGCGCCAGUAGGGAAGAGCAGCAAGGGAAAGAAGGGCGUGGAUUACAAGCAAACAUGUCAAGAGAAUACAGGCAUUGUUUGUAGUUUUGUAAACAAGAGAAUACAACUUGUGCUACAAUUGCACUUCCCAUCAAUAGCACAUCAGGGCGUGCUCAGCUCACUGAGAUUCCCAAACUAAUUAGUGCAAUAGCCGUUUGUUUGUUACCAUAUAGGGCACAGCUUGGAUAGUGCGGCACUAGACUUA